CUCAUCUGUUGGUGUCUCUCCUUUUUGAGUGUAGAUUCUGCUUCCCCAUCCUUGGGCGAACAUUUCUACCGGUGCUUUUGUCCUCUCGUGCUCUAGGGUGAGAACGGUGGUCAAUUCCAUUCUCGCUUACUGUUCAAUUUCUUCUCCAAUGUUUCUUGGCCACUCCCUCUGAUUCCCCCUGCUGCUAUGGGUUCCGGCAAAGCCCAAAGUGGUAAGAAGAUUAAGAGGAAGGUUCCCAGAAGCCCUAAGAAGAACGGGGCUGAAGAAGAUGCUCCGAAGGUUUCCAGCUUGGCUACCGACAUAGCUAUGCAAGCACUUGAGGAAGAGCGGGCCCAGACUGCUUCUUCCUCGUCUGCAACGUCCCCUCCUUUUUUUGAAGUUGUCCCAGAACGCGCUCCUCAGGUGGGGAAACCUACUGCGCAGAACACCCCCCAGGUUCUUGACAAUAUGCCUGAACCAGAGAAGGCUGCUGCCAAACCCGUUACCUUUGCUGACCUCUUCAAAGGUAAUAGGGACCCUGACCAAGGUAUGACUUUGAAGCAUUAUGAUGUUGGUGAAGGCGUUCUCCAUAUCCCAGAUUCUGUCAUCAAGCCUGUUGAAGAACUUUGGGGUUUUUGCCUAGUGGGGUGCUUCACUGGACGUUUCCCUGGUCUCAAGGCAGUUGACGCUAUUCUUCACAAUGUACCACUGCAAUUAUGGUCUGAGGAAGCAAUUGGGAUGUUGGCUUCAAAAGUUGGAAAACCCCUAAGGACUGAUCUUGUUACUAAACAGCAUGGCAAGGGUGGUUUUUGUAGAGUGCUUGUUGAGGUAGAUUUCUCUAAACGGCCUGUGACUCAUUUUGAGGUAUCUGGCAUGGGCAAGUCCUACACACAAAAGGUGGAAUUUGAGGAAGAUCCAAAAUAUUGUUACCACUGCAAAACUUGGAACCAUGGCCCCUACCAUUGUAGAGCUUUGGAGCUGAAAGCUAAACAGGACCAGGAAGAAUUGGAGACUAAACAGGACCAUGCUGAGUUGGAGGCUAAACACAAUGAGGCUACGACCAAGCCAAAUGAUCAUAAGGGGCAUCUUGGGAAAGGUGGACGUAAGGAAUGGGUACCAACAGGGAAGACCACUCAUGUUGAACCUAAGGGUGGCCUGACUCCCUCCACCUCUAAUGAGAAGGCUAACGAACCUAGCCCAAACACUGGAAAUUUGGUUAAUGACAGUUUGGUUGGUACGGGAACAGAUCUCCAUAAGAAAAAGGGUAGCGUAGAUGGCAGCAUUGUUGGAAAGAAACAAGGGAACAAAAAAGGUGUCACUAAAAGGAGGGAGCUGUGGAAUCAUUUGUCCUCUCUGGCGCAGAAUAUAACCAAACCCUGGGCCUUACUUGGUGACUUCAAUUGUGUUCUGGACCUUAAUGAGAGGGUGAACUGUAUGAGUCAAGGUGCCUAUUAUAUGACUGAUCUGCAAACCUUCAAAUCAUCCAAUUGCCUCGAGGAUACUCCAUCCACUGGCAACUUUUUCACCUGGCACAAAGGGAAUAAACUUGCCAAACUUGAUAGAGUACUCAUUAAUCAGUCCUGGGGUGAUAUUGGCCUUGCUCCUAGCUGUGAAUUCUUGGAUUUUAACUUCUUGUCUGAUCACUGCCCCAUCCUGUUUCAGUGUGGCACUUCUCUUGGAAGCAGAGCCAAGCCUUUCAGAUUUUUUAAUAUGUGGCUUAAGCAUGAGGACUUUCCAGAUGCUGAACUGGCUUUUUAUCAACAGAAAGCAAAGUGUGAUUUUCUUAUGAAUUCUGACAAAUGCACUAGCUAUUUCCACUCUAUUGUCAAGAAUAAUAGGAAGAAAAACUCAGUGGGCUUUUUGAUUAGAGAAGAUGGUUCCAAAACCACAUCCACUGGUGAAGUGGCUCACAUUUUUGUGGACUAUUACACUAACUUAUUUGGAACCAUUUCUCCUGUGGAAACUAUUGAUGGUGACAUUUUAGCGUCUGGAACCUCUGUUCCCGUCUCUGCCCAUCCAACUCUCCUCGCUAAUGUUACCCCUGAGGAAGUCAGGCAGGUGGUGUUUGAUAUUGGCAACGAUAAGGCCCCUGGACCAGAUGGUUACACUUAUGCAUUCUUCAAGGAUCAAUGGGCAGUUGUGGGCAGGGAUGUUUAUGAGGCCGUCUUGGAAUUUUUCAAUUCGGGGAAACUUUUGAAACAGUUGAAUCAUGCUAUGAUUGUUCUUAUUCCCAAAGCUACCCAUAACCCCACUGUCAAAGACUUUAGGCCUAUUGCUUGCCUAAAUGUUCUUUACAAAGUCAUCACCAAGAUUCUUGCAAAAUGUAUGGCAUCUAUUCUCCCUGACUUGAUUGACCCAGCACAGGGAGCCUUUGUUCCAGGAAGAUCUCUCGUGGAUAACUUUCUGCUUGCACAACACCUCGUCAGAGAUUAUGCUGUCAAGAGAUCUACCCCUAGCUGCUUGAUUAAAUUGGAUAUAACUAAGGCCUAUGAUACUAUUUCCUGGAGUUUUUUAAAGGAUGUUAUGGCAAGCCUGGGCUUUCUUUCAAGAUUUAUCUCUCUUGUCAUGGAAUGUGUUUGUUCUGCCUCGUCUUCUAUUAUGGUUAAUGGAGACAGUCACGGUUUCUUCCCAAGUAAACGGGGCUUGAGACAAGGAGACCCAAUGGCCCCCACCCUUUUCCUUUUCUGUAUUGAGUAUUUUUCCAGAUUACUCAACAAAAAGGCUAAAGAGGGGCCUUUUAACUACCACAAGGAUUGUGCUGGUUUGGGCAUCACGCACCAGGCUUUUGCUGAUGAUCUCAUGUUGUUCUCUAGAGGAGAUCUCCAUUCUGUUCAAGUCUUGAUGGACGCACUGGACCAUUUCUCUAGAGUUUCUGGGCUGACCCUCAAUCCCACUAAAUCCAACAUCUUCCUCGCUGGAAAAUACAGGGACAGUAGUCAUGCUCUUUUGGCUCUUGCCUCCUUUCCUCGUGGUCAGCUUCCUGUUAGGUACUUGGGCCUUCCUCUUGCUUCUCAAANAACUUCCUCUGGGGCAUGGCAACCCAAGAAGAGGAAUUCUGUUUUCCUCAAGAGGUUAGCCCAUGUACGAGAGCUUUUGGUCCAAAAGCUGGCUGACUGUAAUUCCAAUAUGGACAUGGCUAUGCAACCCUACUGUUCGGCAGGUUUUCUUAUUCCCAGGAAGAUCUAUGAUUUAUUUAGGGCAAAGGCCAACCCCAAGCCUUGGAUGGCUUUUAUUUGGCAAAGUUUCAUUCCUCCUAAGUGCUCCUUUACGAUGUGGCUAGCACUUAGGAGGAGACUGCCCACCAAAACCAACCUGGAAUUCCUCGGAGUGCCCAUGGAAUGUACCUUCUGUGCUCAAGAGCUUGAAGAUGUGGACCACCUGUUCAUUACCUGCGCGGUUUCUAAAGACGUUUGGAGGGCUGUCAAAGACUGGCUACAGAUGGAAGGGCAGUUGAGUACUCUCCCUAGAGCUAUCAGGUGGCUGAAGGGCUUUAAAAGAGGAGAUGGAAUUCUCAAAAAGGCAAGGAAGAUUGCCUUAGCAUGCACGGUUUUCCACCUAUGGAAACAGCGCAAUGCUGUUUACUUUGAUCAUGAACCUCUAUGUGUUGAGACUAUGGUUUUUAAAAUCAAGGUUAUGGUCUUUUCCAUUUUGGGGAGAUUAUGGCCUCUACGUACUUUUCCUUUCUGAUGUUGUUGUAUUUGCUGUUUGUUGGCCUGUGCGCCCUUGUUUUGAAUUGAUUACUUGUUUACGUUUGAACUUGGUGAUGCUGCCAUUUGUUUCUUUGGAUUUGGUUUUACCAUUUCCCAGCUCGGGUAUGCCCGUUCUAUUUGUAUAUCCUACUUUUUAAUCUAUUUACAUUUUAUCAUUGAAUCAUGUGGCAAAAUCAUCACCUUACCUACAAGAAUCACAGUGACAUGGGUCAAAUGCUCAAUAUCCUUUUCCAAUGCAAACAAACAAACAAAGACAUCCUAAUCUC